AUGGCAAAGCUAACAGAUAUCCCGCCGGAGCUAAUGUUGCACAUCCUAGAGGAGCUCUACUCAACAGCCAACAUAUACGCACUUGUGCGGACCUCCUCGGAGCUAAAAAAGCGAUGCAUAGAUACUCUCUACAAAAACCACCGAGACUGGGUGGGAGUGCUGCUUUCGGCUGCUCAAAAUGGCAAUCUACUGACCGCUCAGCGAGCGGUGCAAUAUGAUCCGAUGCGUGACCCUGAGUACGAUACGAGCAGGGUGAUUCGGCUGAUUCGGCGCCGGUUAUGCCAGGAGGCGGAGUACUUCGGCUUUGAUUAUUAUCAAGUGCCCUACCCCGAUGAUAGCUUCGACCGAAAUCACCCCGAUGACGCUAUUUGGCCGUAUAGAUCAGACGAGUUUGACCUGACCAAUGAUCGCUACGAUCGGCUGACUCUGGCCGAAAACGCCAAUAUGACACAUCUCGCCUACACUCUUGCUGUUGGCAACGAUCAUCUUGACAUAGCCCGUGCGCUGUCGCCGACUGGCCGUCCCAUUGACACGGUCAUCUCGAGAUGGGGGAGAACAGCAUUGCACUACGCUGCCUAUCGUGGUAGGGAGCAGGGAAUCAGGUUUCUGCUCGAGCGCGGUGCGAACGUUAACGCGACAGACUCGUGGGAUGAGACGGCCCUGAUACUAGCGGCAAGGCACCCGAGUGCAUCCUGCGUAGAGCUGCUGCUCGCGGAAGGGGCAACGAUAAACGCUUGUUGCGACGGACGCACGGCGAUCUCGUAUGCCGUGCUGAUACAUGCGGACGAGGUGAUUGAAGUGCUCCUAGCACAUGACGCCGAUCUCAAUGUAGGAGUGGUAACUCCCUUGCUGCAGGCUAUCGCUGGGGGUGACUAUAGCCUUGUGCGUCGCUUUCUCGCUCUAGGGGCGGAUCCGGAUGUGAGCACCUACAACCACAAGGAGACCGCGCUCACCCUCGCGAUAAAUCGGUCUUGUGGGGAGGAGGUGGUUCGUAUGCUUCUCGAGAGCGGAGCAGACGUAAAUGCAGCUAGAGAUGAAACAACACCUUUGAUGUGUGCAGCGAACAAGAAGCAGGAUGAGACAGUUCGCAUGCUGCUGGAUCGAAAAGCUGAUGUUAAUGCUACCAACUCUGCGGGGCGGACAGCUUUGGGGCUUGCCAUUUUGAGCGGUACAUGUAAAUCGGCUGACCUGCUCAUCGAUAGUGGAGCUGAUGUUAACGCGGUAGGCCCCGGCCCGAGUACGCCUUUGUAUCUGGCAAUCGUAUAUUCGGGCAAGAAGAUGGUGCGCCUGCUUCUUGAUAAGGGAGCAGACGUGAAUCUCCAUACCGGUUUCGGACAGACGCCUCUGAUGAUAGCCGCCAGACUGCCAUGGGCGUGGGCGGUGACCACUCUUCUUAAUAGUGGCGCACGCGUUAAUUCUACAAGCUUUCAUGGGGAGACGGCUCUGAUGUUCGCGUUCACUGCAUGGCGCAUCGAUAUGGAGAUGAUCCGUGAGCUUCUUCUACGCGGGGCGGAUCCCAACAUCGGGAAUUCGCACGGGCAUACGGCGCUGGACUAUGCCAGGAAUUAUGAGCGAGCGUAUGAAAGGCCCAGAAUCGUCCGCCUGCUACUCGGAUGGGGCGCGAUUUGA